AUAAUUUAUCGAAAUUUUUCUUAACCAUUUCUGCUGUGUGUAUUUCCAGGAAUUGUAACCUUGUGUUUAAUUGACUAUUUAUUUGUGAGUCUUUUAUUGUUUUGGGGCGUGUUUGGUUAUUCCCUAUUUGCCAGGGUGUGUCUCUUCUAAAUAUUUUUGGUUUAAUUCCAAAAAAUUUGGCCAUGUCUUUUACAACUAUUUUUUGUUUAUUAUCUAUAUUUUUUAUUUUUAUAAUCUUUUUGGGUUCUAUUAUAUUUUCUUUAUUUAUUAUAUUUAUUAUUUUUGUUAAUUCUUUUGGUUCAGGUUCAGGGUUAUUUUGUGUAUUUGGGAUUAAUGUUCUUGCUCUUUUUAAUAUGUUAAUAGGAGUACUGGUGAUUAUUUCAGGACGAUGUAUGUGGAAAUAAUUUUUAUUUGUUUGUGUUGUGCCUGUAGGAUAGUAGUAGGGGGUUGAUAUUUUGAUUGGACUAGUCGGUAAAAUUUUUUGUUCUAUUUUAAUUGUUGGCCUUGUUAAAAUUCUAAUAUCGGUUUCAUCUAAGUUCGGUCUUUUGGUACUGGUUACGAUCUUAAAUGGUAUUCCUGUUUUUCUUUCUUCUAUCGGUUUUUGCGUGGUUCUUUUGUAAAUUGGGUUUAUUGUUUUUAAAAUUUUAGUUUGUAUCGUUGGAGUUGUGAAAGUGUUUGUUAUAAUUUUUUCUGUUGUUAUUUUAAUAUUUUCUUUAUUUAUAUUUGGGACUUUAUUAAUAUUUGUUUCUUUUAAAUUUUUUAUAUUUUGGUUUAUAUUUUGGGGCUGCGGUGUGGUAUAUUUUUGUGUUUGUCUAUUAGUUAUUUUUUCUGUUUUAAAUAUACUUUUUGUAGUUAUUUCAGUUUCUUUUUGCGUGGUGGUUUGAAUUGUGGGACUUGUAUUUAUUGUAGGAUAUGUGAGUGAGAUCGUGGUUAAUUUUCUUGCACGUUUUAAUUCUCUCUUUUUCCUUACUAUCUCAUCCUCUUCCUCAUUACCUAAUCCUAUUUCUAAAAAUAAGGGUAUUCU